UAGGUGAAGAAGGUGGGAGGGAGGUCCUGAGGGCUGGUCAAAGUUCACCGCUGGGUCACCUGAUUGGCUGAGAGAAGCUGUGAAGGACAGCAGGCAUUUACAUAUAGAGCCUCGGGGACAGACUCCUGUCUCCUCCUCUGAUCCAGCCUCGGCACAACCUCUGCACACCUGCGCACCACAGGCGGACCAGCCGCCAUCAGUCUGAACCGAGAUGAGCCCCAAAAAUGUGAUUUUCAAGAAGGUUUGCAAAGACAAGUCGGUUGGAGUCUACAUGGGGAAAAGAGACUUUGUGGACCGUGUUGAUUCUGUGGACCCAGUGGAUGGCGUCAUCCUCGUUGACCCGGAGGCCCUGCAGGGGAGGAAAGUGUUCGUCACGCUGUCGUGCACCUUCCGUUACGGCAGAGAUGACAUGGAUGUGAUGGGAAUCGCCUUCCGCAGGGAGCUGUACCUGUCCACCCGGCAGGUGUACCCGCCCCUGCAGGACCGCGAGAAGGGUAUCCACACCAGAGUCCAGGCCAAGCUCCUGCGCAAGCUGGGAAACAACUCAUACCCGUUCUUCUUCGAGUUCCCCGAUAACCUGCCUUGCUCAGUGGCUCUCCAGCCAGCACCCAGUGAUGUUGGAAAGCAAUGUGCUGUGGAGUUUGAGAUUAAGGCGUUCAGCGCUGAGAGCCAGGACGCCAAAGUACGCAAACGGAGCACAGUGAAGCUGAUGCUCAGGAAGGUGCAGUACGCUCCGGAGGGCGAGGGGAUAGCGCCCUCUGUUGAGACCACCAGGGACUUUGUCAUGUCGGACAAACCGCUGCAUGUCAAGGCCAGUUUGGACAAAGAGGUUUACUAUCACGGUGAGCCCAUCAAAGUUCACGUUAGCGUCACAAACAACUCCAGCAAGAACAUCAAGAACAUCAUCCUCUCCGUUGACCAGAUUGCCAACGUGGUUUUGUACUCCAAUGACAGCUAUGCCAAAUGCGUGGAUAUCGAGGAUUCUGGGGACUCGGUGUCUCCUGGAGCGACGCUGCAGAAAGUCUACACAUUGCUGCCUCUGCUGGCCAACAACAGGGAGAGGAGGGGCAUCGCUCUGGAUGGCAAACUGAAGCAUGAAGACACCAACCUGGCCUCAUCGAGCAUUGUUAAAGAAGGCGUGCUGAAGGAGGUUCUGGGCAUCAUGGUCUCGUACAGAGUCAUGGUGAAGCUCAUCGUUGGAGGGAUGAUGGGGUCGAGCGAGGUCGGUCUGGAAGUUCCCUUCAAGCUGAUGCAUCCCAAACCAGAUGCAGUGAAGGAGAGUGAGCAGGAGGAGGAGAUUGUGUUCGAGGAGUUCAAGCGCUCCUACCUGAAGGGGAUCAUUGGUGAUGAUGACGACGAGGAAGGCAACGUUUCGGGUGGUGACGACAUGGCGCCCAAAGAGAAAUAGAGGAGAAAGAGUGAAAGAGGGUGAAACAAAGAAUGCUGGGAGUUUGAGUUUGUGCUAGAAAAAGAUUUAAUUAAAGGAGCAUACCUGUGGCUGUGCAUGUUUAACCUUCAGGUGUAUUUUACAUCACUGCAGGAUGUUUUCAUCCAUCCAUCAUUUCUCUUCAGCUUAUUUAAUCUUCUGUUUGGUCACCUUCAGCUCCCGAGGGAAAAAAUACCUGCCUAGGUUCCAGAUUUUUUUUUUGGGUGCAGCUGAAAAAACAAGUCAGACUUUUUAGACACCAAUGUACUUCUGAUGUUAACACCAGAACUGAGAAUGAAGACAGAAUAAAGACUUAGUGACAAAUCAUUUGAAGCUAUCAUCCUGUUAAAGUGCAAAACCACAGAAAUGAUCCUUAAAUUAAAAGUUUUUUAAAAAUCUCUUUAACUUUACUUAAAGGUUGGUUGUGUAGUGCUUUUGUUUUUUGGCUCCACUCUUCAUGUUCAGAUUUAAAUUAAUUUAAAUGUGUCUUUUGAAAACUGCUGCGGACAGUUUCUGUUUUAAUGAGGCAGAAACUGAUGAUAAAGGUGUUUCUGACUUUGUUUGCUGAUGAGUUCAGAUUUACUGUUGAGACAAUGAUGUAGAAGGAAAAAUUUAAUUUGGCCCUCACAUCAAACGUGUUUGUGCCACAGUGCACUUUUAACUCUGACAAUAAAGCUGAAUAAUUAAUUUAUUGGUUUUGUUGCUUAUUUUUUGGUUUAAAGAAAUUCCUUUGUGAAUGACUGAAAUAUGGGCAGGGCAGUAGCCAACGACUGGAUCCAGCUGGAUGUUACACCUGUUAUAUUACUGUUGGGUCUUUAUCUUACAAUAUAAAGCGUCUCGAGGUGACUGUUGUUGUGAUUUGGGACUAUAUGAAUAAAACUUUAUUAAAUGAAAUGUUAAAUAGAUGCAGGAUGUGGGACAAAAACAUGGAUCCAGUCUUGGUCCUUCUCACAACUGUACAAUAAAUAACAAAUAUCAGUCCUA